AUGGAAACGAUUCUAGCUAUACAGCCGAUGUUCAGCACUUUCCCAUUGAGAAAACUACCGUUUGUCGCAUUGAAACAUGUGAUUAAAAUCAUGGAGAUUGAUGAAAUAGUAAAAAUUGCAAUUACUUCGAAAUAUAUGGAAUCCAUUGUAAAAGUCUGCUAUAUUCAAAUUAGACGGACUAUGGCUGUUUUCAACAGGGAACACUCAUAUAUUGGUUUGGAUUUCCCAGCAGUGACACUUUUCUGUUGUUCCAAGGCUUUCAAUCAUCCCAGUGCACCAAAAUUGACAAAGGACGAUUUAAAACCUUGGCUCUCCGAAACAGCGACCACCCUCGAAAAUACACGUCAACUGUUCACUAGAAUUUAUAAAUUGUUCCAAUGUGGCCCGUACAGAUUGAUGAUAAACUCGCCCACUGAAAAUAUCAAGGAAAUUCUGGAAAUUCCAGAAUUCCGAAACUUUACAGUUUUGUUUUUGGUUGGGGGACAUUUUAAGAAGGAACAGUUGGAUGAAGUGUUGGAAUUUGAGAGAGAAGAUCAAGAUUUGCAUAUAAUUAGGGGUGUAAUCCCAGAAGAUUAUUAUCAUCCAAAUCUGUUCAAGUUCACUGAUGUCCAUUAUUGCGAUGCUCGUUGGAUCCGUCUGGAAAAUCUUCUUUCGAUUAAGAACACUUUUAUGAUUACACUCGGAAUGAACAAUUUAACCAUCCCUGACAUCAACACAUUUCUUCAUCACUGGAUGAAUUCGGAAUAUGAAUUAUUCAAAUUUAUAAGCAUAGAUAUUGAAAAAGGACCAUCAACUCCUCUCGAUGUUUUGUUUCGUGGGAUUACUGUAUUGAAAGGGUAUCGGUUUGGAACAUGGCGCAGACUAAUCUCAGUCAAUUCACCUGAUACUCGAAGUCGGCAAAUAAUGAGUAUAGUUUGGACAGAUUCGCGUAUAGACAUGAGUACCUGGUCAAUUCAUGAGCGUCCCAAACAACUGGAUCGUAAUGAUGAUUCAUUGAUGCACUUUGAUGAACCAUAUACUCCUGAAUUUAUAGUUCUACAGUUGCUGAAACAGAGAAGAGUUUUGUAUUCGAAAUUGAAGAUAGUGAAAGAGGAUUCUUUAGAGAAACAGGAACUCAUAAAAAAGAUAGAUGAGACAAACAAUCAACUUCAAUUUAAAGGAGUGGAAUAUAAAAACGGAUGGCCUGUUCUACGCGGCGUUGAUGCAUCAAGUAGAAUGCUGGCCUGA